AUGGACGAGGGUUCCAAUUCCAAGUGGGAGCCAACCCCUGAAGAUGACGAUCCUCUCAAACCCAUGCGCACCCUCGUUGAUCUGGAAGCUGAUGUCUCUGCAGCGGUGAUCCGUGACUGCAAACUAGACGCCUGCGUGGGCUGGUUCAGCGAGAAGAUCAGGGCGCUGCGGCGAUCUGCGAAGACAGCCCAGCAGGUGGAAGAGCUCAGAAGUGAGCUGAAGCAUCACCUCGCUCGUCUCAUGCCAGAUGAAUUCACAGAAGACAUGGACGUCGCUGCGGAUCAUCCAGAUAUCCUGACCCGACUGGAGAAGUUACAGGACUCAUGGAAUUGGCGCUAUCAUAGGUAUGGUAUCAGAUCACCCCCCGCUCCGAGUCAUCGUAUCAAGACCCUCCUAGAUGGCUUGCUUCGGUCGCAUGAGGUCCGGCUUCCUGGGACGCGGUCUGGGUCUGAGGGUGGGCAUCCUCCCCUGACGGUGGAAGAGGCUACUGUGACGCGCGGAUACUUCACUGAAGCCUGCAAGCGGCUUCGCACCGCCAUCGAGGACGAAAACUCUUCAGCCCUGUUCGCCUGCGGUGGGAGUAUUCCUGUCGUGGACCGUGGCCAGGCCGCGGCGGGAGACAAGACGGCGACAACGACGACGACCAGUCCUGUGCAGUUGUACUGGUCGACCGUUCGCAGUGACUCUACCGCUCGCAAGCUGGUGCUACCAUUAGAUGGGCUCGCCCCGCAGUCCAGCGCGGCCGCCUUGGAUGACCUGGUGGCUGCCUGCCAGCCCGCCAGUUUUGGCCGCAAUGGGGAGGAGAUUCUGGACCCCAGCUAUCGGUUGGCGGGGAAGAUUGACCCGGCCAACUUUGCGUCCAGUUUCCAUCCGGCAGACUUCGGAAUCCUACAGAUGGUCGAAAAUGUGCUGCUCCCUGGUAUCGGCGAGAAGGAUCUUGGCUAUGAGGAUGAUGGCUCUAAAAAGGUGAUGAGCAAAUCUGCUCGGCACUACAGAAAGCUUCACGCGGAACUUUACAAGUUGAACGUUUGUUCCCUCGAUGUUUAUUGUCUCAAUAGCCAGGUGUGCACGCAGAAAUCACUGACGCGGAAGAUGAUGAUAGGUGUACUCCGGCCCAUCGGGCCAUUUCGCCACACAUGUCGACACCCCCGCUCCGAGAGUCAGAUCGGCUCCUUGGUGGUCUGUCUGCCCUCGCAGUUCUCCGGGGGUCGACUGACGGUGCGGCACGGGGGCCAGCAGAGUGCCUUCGAUUGGAGCGAGUCCAGUCAAUCCGCCAUCCAGUGGGCCGCGUUCUACAGCGACUGCGAGCACGAAAUCGAGACUAUCACCGAGGGCCAUCGACUGACGCUGACGUACAAUCUGUACAUUACCCAGGCCCCCACGGCAAAGAUCGACGCAUCCAGCCUGGUCCUUCAGCCUCAGUCUUUCCCGUUGUAUAAUGCGGUGCACGAGAUCUUCUCUAACCCCCGUUUCAUGGAGCAAGGCGGCGUCCUCGGGAUGUUCUGCUCCCACGCCUACGCGCACACCUCCAACGACGCACACGUGCGCCUGCCUCGGGCGCUCAAGGGCGCCGACCUCGUGGUAUACUCGGUGCUGAAGAGCUUGGGGGCCGAGGUCAGUGUGCUGCCGGUGCUCGGCGAAGAUGACCGCGCAGUCUGGGAUGACUGGGAAGAAGCGAUUUACAACAGCAGAAUGUAUCAGGGUCUGGAGACGUACCUCAAAGGAGGCGGCGAGCUGCCUAAGAUAGAGGCGGACGAGUUUCUGGGCGCCGAGUAUGGCCGAAAAUAUGAUCUGGACCGUCGCUGGAAGCUGCUUCUCCUCAUCCGGCGGGUGUCGGCGGUGCGGAGCGGGGCUCAGAUCAUGCACUCGAUUGAUAGCGAGAGACGCAGAAAGGGCAAAGAUGCGGAAACCGUCGCAGAUAGAGUGGGCGAAGAUGAAGCAGAAGUGACAGAAGCAGAAGGAGUGGUGGAUUGGUCCGACGGUCACUUCUACCGGAAACGCGGGACGCUUGUCGCGCCACGCCUGUGGCCGUACGGCACUACCAAUUAUGGCGAGCACUCGUCCACGGAAGAGACCACAAUGGCUGCGUGGCCUUUUCUCUACCUUCCGGGUAUCACCUGGCUGAAUCGACCCAAGCAUGCGGAGAUGGCGUUUAGUCAUGUCACGUAUGGUAACGAGGCCGGAGUCGGGACGCAAUAUUCCUAUGCGGCGAUCUUUGCGGUCAUCCCACCGCUCGAAGGACGAAAGAAGCAUUUGGCCCAGUGA